CGUGAGCGGACAAGCAAGAGGGUGUUCGACUGCUAGAGCCGAGCGAAGCGAUGCCUAAAUCAAAGGAACUUGUUUCUUCAAGCUCUUCUGGCAGUGAUCCUGACAGUGAGGUUGACAAAAAGUUAAAGAGGAAAAAGCAAGUUGCUCCAGAAAAACCUGUAAAGAAGCAAAAGACAGGCAAAACUUGGAGAGCUCUGUCAUCUUCUAAACAGAGCAGCAGUAGCAGAGAUGAUAACAAGUUUCAGAGUGGGAAAAUGAGGUACGUUGGCGUUCGAGAUUUUAAAGGCAAAGUGCUAAUUGAUAUUAGAGAAUAUUGGAUGGAUCCUGAAGGUGAAACGAAACCAGGAAGAAAAGGUAUUUCUUUAAAUCCAGAACAAUGGAGCCAGCUGACGGAACAGAUUUCUGACAUUGAUGAUGCAGUAAGAAAACUGUAAAAUUCGAGCCAUAUACAAAAAACUUGUACUGUUCUAGUUGUUUUAAUCUGUCUUUUUACAUUGGCUUUUGUUUUCUAAAUGUUCUCCAAGCUAUUGUAUGUUUGGAUUGCAGAAGAAUUUGUAAGAUGAAUACUUUUUUUAAUGUGCAUUAUUAAAA